AUGUCGACCUGGACCACGAUUCAGCCUUUUCUGUUUGGAGGAUUGUCUGGCAUGACUGCUACUGCUGUCAUUCAACCCAUAGACAUGGUCAAAGUCAGAAUCCAACUCUUGGGUGCUGGUGGUAACGCUUCUCCCAUCAAGAUCGCAUCUCAAAUCAUCGCCAAGGACGGUUUCAUGUCGUUAUACAAGGGUUUGUCUGCUGGUUUGUUGCGUCAGGCUACGUACACUACUGCUAGAUUGGGUUUGUUCAACACCUUCAUGGACCAAAUCAAGGAAUACAAUGCAGGAAAGCCAAUCACUUUUGGCCAAAGAGCACUUGCUGGACUUGCUGCUGGUGGUUUGGGAGCUAUGGUUGGUAACCCAUGUGAUUUGGCCUUGAUCCGUAUGCAAGCAGAUGGUACCAUGCCAGCGGCUCAACGAGCAAACUAUACCGGUGUAUUGAACGCAUUGACUCGAAUCACUCGUGAAGAAGGCAUAUUGGCACUCUGGAAUGGUGCUGGUCCAACCGUCGUUCGUGCCAUGGCAUUGAAUUUGGGAAUGUUGGCUACGUUCUCGGAAGCCAAGGUUCAACUUGAAAAGAUCACCCCACCAUCAGCCGCAACCUCAUUCGGAGCAUCAGCAAUCGCCGGUUUCACUGCUUCCGCCUUCUCACUGCCAUUUGACUUCGUAAAGACCCGUCUUCAAAGGCAACGACCUGAUGCAUCUGGUGUGCUUCCAUACAAGGGAUCAAUAGAUUGUGCUAUGAAGGUUAUCAGCAAUGAAGGACCAAUGGCCUUCUACCGUGGAUUUGGUACUUAUUAUGUUCGUAUCGCUCCACAUGCUAUGAUCACCUUGUUGGUCGCUGAUACGUUGAGUGCUGCUGCCAAGAACUGGGGGAAGUAG